AGUCUUGAGCACAUGAAUUGGGUACCUGGGCCCUCGCCAGCUUCUUUAAGAACACAUGUCUUUGCUGCCUUUGUCCCAAGUGAACUUUGUGACAGUGCCCGAGAUCCUGCCCAGUCUGGGAGGGCUGUAUGAGGCGAGUGACCGUCUGCCGGAAAUCUCCCACGUCCUGAUCCCGGCUCCCUCUAUAUUAUGGUGCUGAUCUCCCCCAUCCAGUCUGAUGAAAAGAUCGCAAAGUUAUCUCACAGUCUGCACAAGAUGACAAGAGGACUUGGGCGCAGUCGUUUUGCAGCGAGACUGCAAAUACUGUAUGUUUUUAUCAGCGUAACCGAUGCAUUCGUAGCAUGGAAAGAUGGCAAUAUUUUGUCCAGUAAAUUGUCAUCGCCUAGGCAACAAGACCAUCUAAAACAGCUGCAACAAUAUGAGCAAGUCGUUCCUUACCUCCUGGAUGGAGAUCACCAGGAACAAUCCAGCAACCUUCAUGGAAAGAACCAUCCAAUGUGGGCCAAAUUCCUAAUUGAAGCUGAAGGCAAACAGCUGAUCAUCGAACUUGAAAGAAAUGAUAUGCUUUUUGCUGAAAACUAUACAGAGACACACUACCUGCUUGAUGGCAGUGCCGUCACAAACACACGGAAUCAUACGGGUCACUGCUACUACCACGGUCAUGUGCAAGGAUAUUCUCAGUCUACUGUCAGCCUCAGCACUUGUUCUGGUCUCAGGGGAUUUGUUUCAUUCGAAAAUAAAACUUAUAUAUUAGAACCCAUUGAAGGUGCUACCAAUAAUACACACUUGAUCUACCGAGCAGAAAAUCUUCAGGGCAUUGUGGGUGCCUGUGGACAUAACUACAGAACUUCGGAAACCACUAUGAACAGUAUUGUUGAGUCCCUGCAGGAAUCUUCCACAAGGCACAAGAGAGACAUUUUGAAGACCACUAAAUAUGUGGAACUGAUUAUAGUAGCAGACAAUCGAGAGUUUCAGAAACAUGGAAAGGAUUUGGAAAAGACGAAACAAAGAUUGAUAGAAAUUGGCAACUUUGUGGAUAAGUUUUACAGAUCCUUGAACAUUCGAGUUGCCCUAGUUGGAGUGGAAGUUUGGACUGAUAUGGAUAAAUGCUCAAUAACUGGUGACCCAUUUACUACACUCAAUGAGUUUCUUGACUGGAGGAAGGUGAAACUACUGUCCCGUAAACCACAUGACAAUGCCCAACUGGUGAGUGGAGUGUACUUCCAGGGAACCACCAUUGGAAUGGCACCAAUUAUGAGUAUGUGCACAGCAGAACAGUCAGGAGGGAUCGUUAUGGAUCAUUCAGACAAUCCUCUUGGAGCAGCAGUAACAAUGGCACAUGAGCUGGGCCACAAUUUUGGCAUGAACCAUGAUACUCCUGAGCGUGGCUGUACAUGCAGGGCAUCAUCAGACAAAGGAGGCUGCAUUAUGACACCGUCCACAGGAUAUCCUUUUCCCACAGUUUUUAGCAGCUGUAGCAAGAAAGAUCUGGACAGUAGCCUGGAAAAGGGUGUUGGAAUGUGCCUCUUCAACAUGCCAGAAAUAAAACAGCUCUAUGGUGGGCAAAAAUGUGGCAAUGGAUACGUUGAGGAAGGCGAAGAGUGUGACUGUGGGGAGCUUGAAGAAUGUACCAACCCCUGCUGUAAUGCGAGUACUUGCACUCUGAAGCCUGAGGCAGUCUGUGCUCAUGGACUUUGCUGCAAAGACUGCAAGUUGAAGCCUCCAGGAACCCCUUGCAGAGAUUCCAGCAAUUCUUGUGAUCUGCCAGAGUUUUGCACUGGAACAAAUGCACAGUGUCCAGCCAAUGUAUAUCUCCACGACGGGCAACCAUGUCAUAAGAAAGAUGGCUACUGUUACAAUGGGAUUUGUCAGACUCAUGAGCAACAGUGUAUUACUCUGUGGGGACCAGGUGCCAAACCUGCCCCUGGAAUCUGUUUUGAAAGAGUAAACUCAGCAGGUGAUCCAUAUGGUAAUUGUGGAAAGGACUCAACUGGUUCAUUUGCAAAAUGUGAGAUCAGGGAUGCCCAGUGUGGAAAAAUCCAGUGUCAGGGAGGAGCAAGUCGCCCUGUUAUUGGAACAAAUGCAGUCUCCAUAGAAACUAACAUCCCUUUGCAAGAAGGUGGAAAGAUCCUGUGCCGUGGUACUCAUGUCUAUCUAGGUGAUGAUAUGCCUGACCCAGGACUUGUGCUAACAGGCACUAAAUGUGGAGAGGGGAAGAUCUGUCUGAACCGACGGUGCCAGAACAUCAGUGCCUUUGGAGUGUUAGAGUGUGCAUCUAAAUGUCAUGGUCAAGGGGUUUGCAACAACAAUAAAAACUGCCACUGUGACCAUGAUUGGGCUCCUCCGUAUUGUGACAAACCUGGUUUAGGAGGGAGUAUUGACAGUGGACCUAUGAGGCUUGAAGGAAACAACAGCUUGUUUGUGGGCAUUCUAGUUACCAUUUUGAGUCUUAUCACAGCUGGCAUGAUAAUGUGUUUCAAACGGAAGACACUGCUUCAGCUUCUCUUCUCACAUAAAAUAACCACCGUAGAAAAAUUAAGAUCUUCUACACCGAGCCAGUCUAGUACAGCCUACACAACUCCUAUCAAAAGACAAUCCAAGAUAUACAAGCAGGCAGACAAUCUUCAGCCUGCCAGCUCAUUCCCAUCCCCUGCUGCGCUGGAUCAAGCUGUGCGGCGGCCGCCCGGCUAUCAGCCUGUCCAUAUUAGCAACCCACUGCCAAAUUCAGUCAGAGGAGCAAACUUGCACUUUUCCCUGACACCGCAGCGGGUCCUUCCGCCAUUGAACCAUGGCAUGGAGUCAAAUUCUGGAGUACCCAGCAGACCACUGCCAGCCAACCCUUCCCUCAGACAUCCACAGGGGCCUUCUAAACGUAGUCCGCCACAGAAACCUCUGCCAGCAAAUCCUGUUAAUCGGCCAGCUCAACUGCAUGCCUCCAUUCAGAACCCUGAGAUCCAGAUCAGGCCAGUCAGACCAGCUCCCAAGAAGCCUCAACAAUACAAUAUUAAUCGGCGUUGUUGAUAUUGAAUGACAGAAGAAGUUUAUCUGCCAGCAACUGACCAAACAUGUUUGCACUAUAUAAGAAUUCUAAACGGAGUUAAUCCGCUUUUUAACCAGCAUCGCGAGUAGGAAUGUUUCUGCCAUAUAUCCAUAUUUGUGCCCAUAUUUCUUGACUGGCAUGGGCAAAUCUAGUAAAAUAUAGGUGACGGCCAAACUGUUCUUCUCAGCCUAAUUAGUGGAAGAGGAAAUAGCUGUUAAUGUAUCUAAUUGAGAGAUGCCUAGAACCUGGACCAUCAAUAUGUUUUAUACAGUGAAAGUGGUCCUGCAUCCCACUGUCAUUAGCAUCUCAUGGUACCACAAUGCAUCUUAGCAAUGUGCUGUAAUAGCUUCAUUGUAUCCCAUCACUGGUUGUUAUGGUGUAACAUUCUGCAUCCAUACUAAAAAUGCAUUUUAUUCAAUUUUUGAUGACAUCAGAGCAAAUCAUUUCGACAGUUAAAGUACUGAAAUUUAACAGUGCUUUCACUGUACAAACAAGUGAUCACAUGGAUAUAAUGCCUCUGUGCUGUAUGAUCAGACCCAUUCAUAGUAUUAGAAUUAUAUAACAGCAGACAUAAUAUCUGUUAAAUCUCUGAGUGACUUAUGAACCAACACGAUUAGGCAUUUUAAUUUAGCAGAAGUGCUGCAUGUGCUAACAGUGACUGAACCAACUGUUUGAAAUGCAACCUUAUACUGUAAAUAAGAGAUAAACUCACACCACCAAAGGUUGUAAUCAAAUUAGCUGGCGCUCAACAUAUUUCGUGUACAGAUAAAAGGAUUCUGAGCUCCUAUUUUUGGUGCUGUGGCUCCUUAUGGUGCUGUGUACUUGCUCAGGUACGUGUAAAUUAUUAAUUUAUGUUGAAUAUUUAUUACAAUGCAGUGCACUGUGGUAGACACUUUUACAAUAGCUGAAAUUUCUUAAAGGAAAAACUCUGAGUGUCAUAAUUGUGAUAAUUUUCAGUGAAAACAUUCUGCCUAUUUGCAGCUUAGCAGAAUAAAUGCAUUUGCUCUACAGUUACUAGGGCACCAAUAAACACAAUGUGCUAUUACUCUUAAACAGCAGGAAAUAAAACAAAAAUCAGAUUUAAAUGAGGAAUUCAGCACAGAUUGGACUGAUUCACAGAAUUCAUAUAAAUCAAAUCACUGCAUUGUUUCCUUUUUCAGGUAAACCAUUUUGUAAAAUGAUUUUUAAGAAUUCCAAAUUUGUUAUUAGUGUCUGAUGUAGUUUAUUGAUUAAACUAUACACACAUUUUUGUAGCAUUUACAUAUACUAGAAGGUCAGCUAGCCACUCCGAGCUCGUAUUUUUAAAUGAAAUGUAUGUAACAUUCCAUUUAAGCUUGUUCAAGUUAGUUGUAUGUUUUAGGUUUUACAGGGAAACAUUUCUGCAAUUUGUUUUCCUUUGCCAUUGAUUCAAGAUUAUGCUUGUGAACUGUCCAUUAUUCACUAAAUUCUG